AUGGUGCAUGAUGCAAAGAUACAAGAAUUGGUGGAUCCGGCUGGAUCUUCGUUGACAACGAAGGUUAGAAGUAGCUCGGGGACAUUCUUCCGAACGCCAUAUCUCGUCGCCCUUGAUGACCGAAGCUCUGGCGAUACGUUCGGCUCUCAAUCACGCCCUAGAGAAUGGCUUCUCGCAUAUCCACCUCAAAUCGGACGCUCAGGAUCUAAUCCGAGCUUAGAAAACGCAAGAGCAGAUCAAGGAAAUCUAUGGUCUCCUCUUCGAUAUUAA